AUGGUUUUGAUAUCUAGGUGGGGUCUUAUGGUCCAGGUAAAGCCAAACUAUUUGCCUCUAUUCAACGAGCUGUACAUCGAUCCAGACGACUCGCGCCUAACUCACCACACUAAAAAUGACAGAAACAACAUCGAGGUGUUCUGUUAUGUAUUCGUCGGGAGCGCAGAGGAAUGGAGGGACGACUACAAGGACCUGGUUGGAUUUACCGACCGUGUGUACCCGGGCUGGGAAGACGAAUGGCUGUCCCCCAAGAACGAGGAAAUCGACGACCCGGUAUUCGACAUUAUGCAGAAACGGUUUGCGCGCGAUAUCUGUUCCAAAGGGAUGCGCAUCUCCUAUAAGAACGAUAUAUCAAGAUACGAGGACGGACGUCGGGCCCCAAACAAGGGCAAGGACAAUCUGGUGGUCGAGGUCGGCAAGUACCUGGCAUGCCCCGAGUUCAACUCUGCCGUUGCCGGCAAGUUUAAGACCGUACACUGUGUACACUAUAACAACAAGGCCUUCAAGAAGAACCCCACUGCCAACAUCAAGCACCUGGUUGUCAGCAGCGGCGAGAAUUGGAAUCUGGUAGACAUGUAA